GUCGCAACUCCUAUUGAAAGUUACCUAGACUUAUUGCCCCUCAGAUUGGCGGAGAUACAUUAGGUAGGUAGUGUAUAUCUUACAUAGGUAUACCUUAUUAGUAGGUACAUGUAUCAUAUGCGCAUGAACCCGUAACUACCUACCUACAUGUACCUAACCUACAUAAGGUAGCUGGUAUAUUUUAUUUUGUUUUAUUUUAACUCUCCUGUUUUACACUUAGUUGCGCUUAAUCAGGCAAAUGUUAUUUUAUCCUUUUUUGUUUUCUACUCCUCUGUUCCUCCUCUUUUUCCUCCUCCUCCUUCAAACGAUAGCUCUUUUUCAUUGCUAUUUUACAAAUAAUUGUCUAUCAAGUCGUAUCCACCUCCUAUCCACAUCACAUAUCUCUCUCCUAUACCUUGCUUGAUCCAAAUAUGUCGGCCCCAACUGAUACGACCAAGGCCAGUCCAGCGCCUGAAUCUCCGACCACCGUACGCCCAUUCGAAAUGGACGACGAUGAUAUUCAAGAGACGGGCGUUCUAGGCGAUGAUAAUGCCCAUCAGACUACUGCGACUUCGACGGCUGUCCAACCAUCCGCAACUAGCGAAGAAACCGCACCGCCGAAGCCUCCUCGUCCGCUUACCGAGCGACAGAAGAAUGAGUUAAUUCUCAAGGAGGCCUUUCCAAGCAUCGAAUUACCGGUCAUCAAAGCCGUCUUGACUGCAAGCGGUGGUCAGAUCGAUCCAGCCUUCAAUGCUCUAUUAGGCAUGAGCGAUCCAGAUGCUGCUCAGAACGAACCCGCGCACGAGGCUGCCCCUCCGCCUCAACCUCCGCGACCUGCUGGGGCUAGAAGUCCGAUGUCGCAAAUAGAGGCAGACGAGCUCUACGCCCGAGAACUUACUCAAUAUUACGAGAGCGCUGGUGCCUACGAAGCAAGGACAACGAAUCAGGGUCCCGGCGGCCAAUAUCGCAGCCAGGCAACGGGCCUGAAGCCCAAUGAGAUGUAUGACCGAGACCACAGCUUCAUCGACGAUGAACUACCCAUUAUCAAAGAAAACCUCCGUAAAGGCUUCCUCGAGACUCAGACAAAGGUCAACUCCUGGUUUACCAACUUGAAGAAGAAGAUCGACGGCGAAUACGAUGAGAACGAGGAUGAAACGCAGCCCUCGAAACAUCAGCGCCAGACUUUUGGUAGACGUAGCGGAGAAGGCUCACGGAGAAGUGCGGACUACCAUCGCUACGACGCCGAUCCACAAGUUCUGAGCGAUGACUUCGCAGGGAUGAGGCUUCGCCCAGAUAGUAGGCCAUCUCAAGAUCGACCAUCAAGCAACCCAAGCAUAUACAGACCGUCGCCGUCUACAUCUCCUAGACCAGAGGGUCGCAAAGUUGCGUUCAAGGAAGGAGUAGAAGAUAUUGACCAGUAUAACGCCUCUCCAAGAAUCCCGCCCAAAGACAGCAGCUCAACUCCACCUCCCGGCAAGCAGAGCAAAUGGCAACCUUUAUCUACAAUUGAACCCAAUCCGAUUACAGAUAAUGACCCUUUUAGCCUCGGCGACAGCGAGGAUGAGAAGGACACGAAAGAGAGGAAUGGCGGAGGGAUUAAGAUGGAAGACACGGAAAGACUCAAGCAAGCCACAGCAGAUGCUAUGGCUGACAGCUUGGUUGGUGGCUCUGGUAAGACGAGUGGUAAGGAUUAGCUGAGGGCUGGCCAGGUCUAGUUGAUCAUUGCAAGUUGGGUGAUGACCGGAGAGCGAUAGGGAUAAUGUUGAAUGAUGCUGAUUGAUUACGUCCUGCGCGGCUAGGCUUAAAGCUAUGUGUUACAUUGACCUU